AUGUUGAGGACAGGCGCGCGUGAGGCUCCCACUGCACGGGCACAGCUCAAACUGGCACCGAACCGUGAAGAGCCAUGGCCCAGCAGCCUGCGGGGCUACUCCCCAGGUUCAACUGCAGCCCCGGAUUCUGCGGAGUCACCUCUUUCUCCAGGUGAAAGCCCGAUACCUUCGCCAGCAUCUUGCCCUUUCGGACAACAACGGAGGACAUCGCUGACUGUGGAUCUACGUCGUGCUUCACGCGAUGGCCGAGAGACUCUGAAGACAGAUUCAUCGACUUUCUUGCCAGAAGACGAGGAGCGCCAGAGAGCGGGAGAAGCUCUGCCCGCUCUGCACGAAGCUUUGCAGGCUUCCCUGGAUGGGAUGGCCGGUGCCUGCAGCCGCCUCCGCGGCGGGGAUGUGGUGAGUGUGAUCGAGAAUGGAGAGCUCACAGUGUUGGGCUUUGCUCCUUCGGUGACCGCUCUGGAUAUGCAGCAGGAGAUUGCAGCAUCGCUGAAGCGAAGCUCAGAGCUUGCAAACGAGAUUCUGACGGAGGCAGUGGAAGAUGACGCGGCGCAGGAGAGCGCCAGCCACGAGCAGACCAGGGCUGCGAAGGCGGAGAAGCGUCUCGUGGACAAGGACAAGGAAAUCAUGUCAUUGCGUGACGCACUGCACGCGGAGCGGGAUGCCCGAUCUUCUGCGGAGGCCAAGCUUAACGAGCUGCGCAACACCUUGCAGAGCCGUGACGAGAUGCUGCAUGUGAAGAAUGAGGAGCUCUCGAAGCUUCACAUGGAGCUGCACAGCCUUGCACGAGAGCACUGCACACUGCAGCUGCGCUGCCGGCAGUCGGAAGAGUCCAGGCAUGAAGGUGUCGCUGACGCGUCCUCCGAGCUCUCGUUCUUGCGCCGGCAGUGCAGGCUGCUUCAGGAGAUGAACCAACAGUUGCGGGACCAAAGCAAGACGGUGUUUGCGACGCAGCUCCAGGCUGAAGACGAGGUUCCUGCUGAACCUAUUUCACGGGAUGCCUCCAAAGAGUCCACGAAGGACGGGAGACUUGGCAGCCACGGAAGCCCUGGGCCUCUACCCUCCAUCAGCCGCGCAGCCGUGCGCGCUAUGUCGUAG